GUGAAUGUUAGCCGCAGCGAUGAGGGCCGUGAGAAAGUUUGGAAGACGUACCACGUGCCCCACCAGGGCUGGAACGAGCGCUACAGGUUUAGCGGCUGUUCUCCGGAAGGUGGUGGAGGACAGUGCCAGCAGGAAGGUGCUCCCAAUGGCAUCCGACUGCUGGUGAGCAGGGAGAACCACCCCGUCGGUGAAGGUGUUUGCUGCGACGAGGUCACGAACGAGGUGAUCUCAGAGCGUCCAGUGGCCUGCAACGGCUUCAAGGACGAGUACAAGAAGCAUGCGGGCAAAGAUGUGCCCGGGGAGAAGCACAUCAAACCUCGGGAGUCGGAGCCUGUGGGCACCUGGGAGGAGGCUCGGAAGUGGUGUUUGAAGCAUGGGGCGGGCUGUGUUGGCAUCUUCGACGAAAGAUGCGAUGGCGCGGGCUAUGCGCUGGUUUCGAACAUCACGGUGAGCGAUCUGGAAGCUUCGGAAGAUGGCAGCUGCCUCUACGAAAAGCUCGCGGAGCAAUGA